AUGGACGCAUCCAAGCAGCCAGUCAAGCUCGUCAAGGUCACCCGCGUCUUGGGCCGUACCGGCUCUCGCGGUGGUGUCACCCAGGUUCGCGUCGAGUUCAUGGACGACCAGACCCGAUCGAUCAUCCGAAACGUCAAGGGACCCGUUCGCGAGAACGACAUCCUCUGCCUCCUCGAGUCCGAGCGUGAAGCCAGACGUCUCCGAUAA